GUUGUCUGCGCCCAGCCCUGGUUAGGUUAGUGUGUGUCAGGCUGCAGGGACUCCCUCCUCACCCACACCGCGCUCAGGAUACCUUGGACUGGAGGGAUUCACAGAGGCAGCCAGGUCAGACGACCGGACCCAGCAAGGCUGCAUCAUGCGCUCGCCACUGCUUGCUACGUUUCAGCCCCUCAGCGCACCUGGCACGUCGCUUGGCUCAGUCUUAACGCGCUCACUUAUCUCUUUCCGUAUGUUUUGCACUCCACAUCAGGCUGGCAGCCGAACGGGUCAAUGGGGACAAUACGGUGAGUGGCUGACAACUGCACCCGUCCCCGCGCACGGAGCAAUGGACUGCAGUUUUACUUGAAGAGAGGCACAUGGAGAACCCAGCCAAGUAUCUGUCAUCGGUGCAGGGGAUUGACUCUGUGCCGGCACCCCUAGGAGAGAUUAUGUGGAACAGCACCGAAACGGAGGCAACAGACGACGCGAGGCAGGAUAUGGUGGUGCGUACAGUGACAGGCUGUCUGCUGUCCCUACUCAUCCUAUGGACCCUGCUGGGGAACAUCCUGGUUUGCUCCGCGGUGCUGCGCUUUCGGCACCUGCGGACCAAAGUCACCAACAUUUUCAUCGUCUCCCUGGCUCUGUCGGAUUUAUUCGUGGCCGUCCUGGUGAUGCCCUGGAAAGCAGUGGCUGAGGUGGCGGGCUAUUGGCCGUUUGGCACUUUCUGUAACGUCUGGGUCGCUUUUGACAUUAUGUGUUCCACCGCUUCCAUCCUCAACCUCUGUAUUAUCAGCGUGGAUAGAUAUUGGGCCAUCUCGAGCCCCUUCCGCUACGAGAGGAAAAUGACCCAGCGUGUUGCCUUUGUUAUGAUAAGCAUCACUUGGACGUUGUCUGUGCUCAUUUCAUUCAUACCGGUCCAGCUAAACUGGCACAAAGCCAGCGAUGACGACGUGGCCGGGACUCACAACUCUUCCACGAGUCGGCAGAUAGAGGAAAACUGCGACUCCAGCCUGAGCAGAGAGUAUGCUAUAUCCUCCUCUUUGAUAAGUUUCUAUAUUCCCGUGGCAAUUAUGAUUGUGACUUACACCAGAAUAUAUCGGAUUGCACAAAUACAAAUUAGGAGAAUAGCCUCCCUGGAGAGAGCAGCAGAGCACGCUCAAAGUUGCAGGACCAACAGAAUAGAGUGCCAACACCACAACACCUUGAAAACGUCGAUUAAACGGGAAACCAAAGUGUUCAAAACUCUGUCGGUGAUUAUGGGUGUCUUUGUGUGUUGCUGGUUACCCUUCUUCAUCCUGAACUGUAUGGUCCCGUUCUGCGACAGACCGGCCACAGACAGGGACGCGGGCCUGCCGUGCGUCAGCGAGACCACUUUCGACGUCUUUGUGUGGUUCGGCUGGACCAACUCCUCCCUGAACCCCAUCAUUUACGCCUUCAACGCCGAGUUCAGGAAGGCCUUUGCCAGCCUCUUGGGCUGUCGCAAUUUCUGCCCCAGCACGCCAGUGGAAACUGUUAACAUCAGUAAUGAGCUGGUCUCAUACAAUCAAGACACCCUCAUCCACAAGGAAAUCGCGAACGCCUACGUCAACAUGAUCCCCAACGUGGUUGAAUGUAUUGAGCAUGAAGAGACGUUUGACAGGAUUUCACAGUUUUCUCACAAUAAUGAAAAUGCCACCGACUCGGUUUGUGACUUGGAGGACUGCGAGGCAGACAUCAGUCUUGAGAGGAUGUCACCGUUCACACCCAAUGGAUUGCACUAACUCCUAACUUUGUGUCUCCUCGUGCGUAAUUGGAUGUAUUGAUAAUAAUGCCAUCGUUCAUUCAUCUCCUAUCUCCUACACGCUUCUCUCCAUAUGGAGUCCACAGGUCAGGGUUUAUACUAAGCUACUGAGCAGAGCCCCUUGCAACUGGUGAGGGAUCUAUAGUGACUUGCUCACGGACACUGUAGCCACCGGGCCACCCUGCCGCCGCUUUGCGUUAUAUAUGAGAUGUGAUGUUGUUGUCCUGUUCUGAAAAAAAAAAAAAAAAACAAGUGAUGUGUAGGUGUUUAUUUACAUGACAAGUGAAGUCUUUGUUCAUUUGUUCAAAGGUUCAGUGUAGUUGAAGCUGUUGUUUACUCGAAGGCGUCACUCGGAGCGUCUGUGUCUCAUGCCCAUCCACUUGGAGGGGGGAAAUGUUUGUAGAGAAUCACUUGAGGAAUCAUAAUGGAGAACCUUUUGCUGCUUGAAAACCUCAUGUGUAUCCAGUGCCCGUCUUUCCACUGAGUAUUGAAAACUGAGGGCAGCCUUACAGUUCUACUCAAAUGCAGUCAUUUCAGCGCCUUAUAGCUUAUUCAAAGAAGAGAUUUGAAACAUGAAAGGAAUGUGUGGUAUUGGAGUUUAAGUUACAUGAUGCCAAAAUGCAGUAUUAACGUGUUUACCCACUGCACCCACCCCAGUGACUCCUCCAGCACUCCCUCUCUGCACCUCAUGGACUACAUGCAGUUUGGUCCAGGCUCAGAUGGCCGGAUGCUUUGAUGGAGCAAAACUUGAUGUAAAAGGAACAAAAAAAAAAAAAAGAAAAGAAGUUAGCCUGUUUACAUUGGAAUCAGUAAUCCAUAUCAAAGAAUUUUACUAGAAUUCGCCACAGUCAUUUUAACAGUCAAAAGUCUUUUCUGUGAUCUUUCAUUUCUUAUUGAGGCCAAAACGACUGAAUGGUUGUGCUAUAUCAACCACAGCUCUUACUGAACUAACAAAAGAAAAGAAAAGCAAGAAUCAAGACUGUCUUAAAUGACCAAAGAUUUCCAGGAGUGACUCAAUAACUCAACACUAUAAGGCUACUGCAGUUUGUCAGCUAGAGGAAUUGUUGCUAUAGAAAACCUACAUACACAUACACACACACGCGCAAGGCCACUGGGCCAACAAAACUGGAUGUCAUACAUUACCUCUCCCACACCUCUCUUUAUCUUUGUACUGUACAGAUGACCUGAUCUGAAUGUAUACAACUGUCCUUUAAACAGUGAAGUGUGUCAUCAUUUGUCUAAUAAAAUGCUGUCAUGCUGAGAGAACAGAA